AUGUUGGCAGCCGGAGGAGGACACGUCCGCAGCCUCGACGAUGGCAUCCCAAAAUAAACGCCUGCGCCAGGAUAUGUGAACGCGCAGAUCCUCAAUUCUACGGCUGUUCGUGUUCAGUGGAAGUUGCCGAGGCCGCCGAUUGAAUCUCCAUUACAGUACGCACUUUCUAUACUUCCAGAGGACUGUUGGACGCAUUAUUAUCUGAAUGAAACGGAGUACACGUUAACCAACUUGAUGCCAUCUACCUCUUACGAGCUCCACGUACGUUGGGUUGAUGAGAAGGGUGAUUUCGUCGGUGAAGAAGCAUACACUUUUGCUCUAACGCCAGCAAGCUAUGAAAUGACUUAUACCUAUGAUCGUUCUCCUGAGGAAUCGGAGAUUGAAACGCCUGCGCCAGGAUAUGUGAACGCGCAGGUCCUGAAUUCUACGGCUAUUCAUGUGCAGUGGAAAUUGCCGAGGCCAUCAUUUGAAUCUUCAUUCCAGUACGCGCUUUCUUUUUUUCCGGCGGACUGUUGGGCGGAUCAUUAUCUAAAUGAAACAGAGUACACGUUAAUCAACUUGACGCCAUCUACCUCUUACAAGCUUGGCGUGUUUUGGAUAAAUGAGGAUGGUGAUUUCGUCGGUGAAGACGCAUAUGCUUCUGUAGAAAUGCCAGCCAAGUUGUUUGAGGACACACUACAAUCGCCUCCGCCUUUACUCCCUCAUGCAUUUCGCCGUCGUUUCCUCUUGUGCCGGUUCAGAGCUGGUGGUGGUGAUCCUGGUAGUGGUGGUGGUAGAUGUGCUCGUGGUCGUGGUCACACUUCAGCGAACCCCUGCGCCGCUGACCAGUCUAACAUCGACAAACAGUCAGCAAUAAGUGUCCUUACUAUCCCCUCUUGUCCAAUUCCCCUGCCAACUCCCCCCGGCCCCUACCAGAACCCGAAGAGAACGACACCACCGGAGCAGAAAACGUUGGAUUGCGCCGUUGUUGGUGGAUUCGCCUACGGACCUACAUAUUGCAACCGGUUUGUUCGCUACGAUCAGUGA